AUGCCCCGUAGGCAGAAUAAGGUCCGUGGUCAUGAGAAACAUCACCAGGCCCGGGCUGAGACCCAGGGUCUAAAUGACCAAGCCACCACCUCUAGGGGAGAAGAGACCACCUCCUCCCCCCCUCCUGAUUUAGAGAGUGCUCCCUCAAGCUCCUCAGCUGGUGGCAACCCGAAGGAGCCUCAGGGAGCCCAAGGCACCACCAGUGCUGCUGCAGGUGCUAUACCCAAAAGAUUUGGUGUCGGUGCUGCAGCACGCUCAAGAGCUGAUGUCUGUGGUGCAGCAUGUGCAAGAGAUGGUGUCAGUGCUGCAGCACGCUCAAGAGGUGAUGUCGGUGCUGCAGCACGCUCAAGAGCUGAUGUCUGUGGUGCAGCACGCUCAACAGCUGAUGUCUGUGGUGCAGCACGCUCAAGAGCUGAUGUCGGUGCUGCAGCACGCUCAAGAGCUGAUGUCGGUGCUGCAGCACGCUCAAGAGCUGAUGUCUGUGGUGCAGCACGCACAAGAGCGGGUGUCGGUGCCACAGCACGUGCAAGGGCUUGUGUCGGUGCCACAGCACGUGCAAGAGAUGGUGUCGGUGCCAAGGGCCAAGGUCAGGGAGGUGGAAAUACCUCCCAGGCCUCAGCUGCUGCUGAGAGCUCUCACACAGAUCCUCUGACCACGAAGGUGCAGGUGUUGGUGCAGAAGAUGCUGUAUAAGUAUAAGGAGAGGGAGCUCAUUAAGAGGUCAGAAAUGCUGAAGGCAAUCAAUAAAAGGUACAGGGGGCAAUUCCCUGAGAUCCUCAGGAGAGCCUCUAAGCACAUAGAGAUGGUGUUUGGCCUGGUCCUGAAGGAAGUCAGGCCCGACGGUCACUCCUAUAUCCUGGUGAGCAACCUAGAUCUCAGUGACAGUGCGUCUAUGAGAGGUGACCGGGGGCUGCCGAAGAAUGGUCUUCUGAUGCCUCUUCUGGGUGUCAUCUACUUGAAUGGCCACCGCCUCUCUGAGGAGAAGAUCUGGAAGAUCCUGAAUUUUCUGGGCAUCUAUGAUGGAAGAAGGCACUUCAUCUUUGGAGAUACCAGGAAGUUCCUCACAGAAGAUCUGGUGCAGGAAGAGUACGUGGAGUACCGCCAGGUGCCAGGCAGCGAUCCCCCUCGCUAUGAGUUCCUUUUGGGUCCAAGAGCACUCAUGGAAUCCAACAAGAUGAAAGUCCUGGAGUUUUUGGCCAAGGUCAAUGAUACGGUCCCUGCUACCUUCCUGGAGCAUUUUGAGGAGUCUUCCAGAGAGGUAGUAGAGAGCACCAGCGCCAGAGCUGUAGCCAGUGUUGGCACUUCUGCCUCGGGCAGGGCUGGCAUGUCUGUUUGGGAUACUGCAGGCAUUUCUUUCUCGGUCUGGGAUGGCCCUUCUGCUGUAGCCCAGGCUGAGCAUCCUGCCUCAGCCAUGCCUGGCAUUUCUGCUGCAGCCAGGGCUGGCCCUUCUGUCUCGGCCAGUGCCCACGCUAGGGCCGCAUCCAGCUGUCCAACUCGCUCCUAG